AACUUAACUUGGCGGCCCGCGAGCGCGCAGCCCUCUCGCCCGCCCCCUCUCCGGAUCCGAACCAGAACCGGUUCCUGGCUUGAAGCAGCAGCAGCCGCCGCAAGACCGGCCCGUCGGAACAGGAAGAAGCUGGCCAGGACUCUCAUCUCUAACCAGUUUCUCCUGCUCCUUCCCCAGGCGAUGGAGGAAGACUUCCAGUUCUUAUUGUGCAAGAGAUGCGGGAAGGAGGCCCAGAGCCCCAAACUGCUGGCCUGCCUUCACACCCUCUGCAUGGAGUGCCUCCAGGAGAGCAAGCCCAUCAGCCAGUGCCCCGUCUGCCAGUUUUCCUUCCAGGAUGAGGUUCCCUUCCAGGACAACCUGUUUUUUGCCAACCUGCAGGCGAAGCUGAACACCUUCCAGAAGAUUGCCGGCGAGAGAGACCUGGUGUGCCACCGCUGCAAAGGCGGGGCAGAGUUUUGGUGCUCUGAGUGCGAAGAGUUCCUGUGCUCGAACUGUCACGACGCCCACAAGUGGUACCUGAAGCAGAAGAGCCACGAGUCCCAGCGGCUGGUGGACCUGAAGAACGACACGGCCCAGAACUUCCUGAAGGGCGUGAGGAAGUCCAGCGACCUCUUCUGCUCAGAGCCCAGCCACAGCAAUCAGGUCGUCAGCAUCUACUGCCGCGGGUGCUGCAAGCCGCUGUGUUGCAGCUGCGCCCUGCUGGACGGGGAGCACUACAACGCCAAGCUCUACUGCGGCAUCCGGGAGGAAACCGAGAGGCGCAAGGAGGAGCUGAGCAAGAUCCAGGCAGAGUUGGCGGAGAAGAAGCGCGCCUACGAGCAGACCUACGGCAGCGUCCGCGGGCGGCUGCAGCGGCUGGAGAAGGUGUGCGGCGAGACCCAAGAGCUGAUCCAGGAGAAAGUGGAGGAGAUGCUGCAGUGGGUGCGGCGGAAGGGCGAGCAGCUGCUGGGGAAAGUGGACCGGCAGCUCCGCCAGGAGCGGGAGGGCGUCCAGGAGGCACUGAAGCACAUGGAGCGCCUCGUCCAGAGGACGGCGUCCGGCGAGCAGCUGGUCGAGAAGGUGGCCCUCUUCGCUUCAGACCAGGAGGUGAUGGACAUGCAGCCCUUCAUUCAGAAGGCUCUGGAUGAGCUCCGGAAGGAGAAGCUGCCCGCGACGGGCAUUCGGGUCCAGGCGGAGAACUUUGCCGAGAUCAAAGGGGAGCUCCAGGCCCUCUGGGAGAGACUGACAGGCAAGAGAGAUGCCUGCACAGGUUCUGUGGCCCAGGCUGCUGCUCCGGGGCUCAACUCGGACGUUCCGCAGGAUGAGCUAAGCCAGUCGAGGCUGCAGAAGACGCUCGUGCUCACGCCGACCUACACUCUAAGCCUGGCACAGACACCCCGUGGCUUUGUCACGUCAAUGACCUCCCCGGUGAAGCGGCCAAGCAGCCAAACGGAGAAGUGCAUCCAGGCCUCCCCUAAGGUGAUGAAGCUUGAAGGCUGUGACUGUGAGGCCGGGGAAACGUCCAGCAGGCACAGCCAGAAGGUCACGACGGACUCCAGGCUCCGUUCUGCUCAUGAAUCGACUCCCGAGCGAGAGUCGAGAUGUGCUGUCAAUGUGGACGAGGUGGUGGUGAAUUCUCCCCCCGAGGCCCAGGGAUCAGAGGUCGCCAGCAGCAUUGUGAUCAGCAGCUCUGAGGACACGGAGGAGGACCUGGCGUGACCGUUCACCUCUUCCUACUGGAAGGUGCCCCAGGAGGCUGCACGUGAGAACAGCGGUGUUGCCUUUUCCAAAGUCCUGGUCCAAGUGCUUUCAUGAAACGCCUUUCCUGAUCAUGGCCGUUCGCUUGUGGAGGUGGCUUGCACCAUCACACACACGACGUGGAGCCCCCUCCCCCAUCGUAGGGCUCUGGUCUCUCCCCCCCAGUCCCCAGUCUCUGGUUGCUGCAUGUGGAGGUCAAGCCAAAGAGCCCUGGAUAAGGCGGAGGCACCACGUGGGUCAGGCGCUCCCCUGGCACCUGCGUUGUGCUCGUUUUGGUUUUUUCCAGUACUUUUAUACUGCUCCUGGUUUUAAUGUAGUUCUCUGUGAUGGAAUCGUUUUACUCUUUGUUGCUUUUCCCCCUCUUACUUUUAUGCUGCGCUCAUUUUUAGUCCUUGUUUUAACAUUUGCAUUUCAUGUUUUUAAAUAUCCAGUGCCUAGAGAAGUACAGCAAAUAAAUAAAUGAAAUGACUGGA